AUCGCAAUGUGGGCAUUGAUCACACCGGCUGCUGGGGGAGUGGGUGCUGGGCUUGGGCACUGGAGUCCAGCCCCGGCCACCCCCUCCAGCGGCCCUGGGUGCAGGGAAGCAGCCGUUGCGCUGUGCACAGAGGGAGUGUUUGCCCAGACACAUGUUGCUUCUGGGGCAAGGCCCUGAAGCCUGAAUAGCCAACGGGAUGCCAGGCCUGCUGAAUCGGAUCACAGGGGCAGCUCUGCCCCUCACUGCAUCUGAUGUCACCUCCUUUGUCAGUGGCUAUGCCCUGGGCCUCACCGCCUCCCUCACCUAUGGCAACCUGGAAGCCCAGCCCUUCCAGGGCCUCUUUGUGUACCCCCUGGAUGAAUACACCACGGUGAUCGGCUUUGAGGCGGUCAUUGCCGACCGUGUCGUGACGGUGCAGAUCAAGGACAAAGCCAAGCUGGAGAGUGACCACUUCGAUGCCUCCCAAGUCCGAUCCCCAACUGUCACUGGGAACAUCCUGCAAGAGGGGGUUUCCAUCUCCCCUCAUUCCUGCACACCGGGAAAAGUGGCCCUGGAUGAGGACUUGGAGCGGAUGCUGUUUGUGGUCAACUUGGGGACCAUCGCCCCCAUGGAGAACAUCACCAUCUUCAUCAGCACCUCCUCGGAGCUCCUGACGCUGCCCAGCGGGGCUGUAAGGGUCCUGCUGCCUGCUGUCUGUGCCCCAACUGUACCCCAAUCCUGCACCAAGAGCUCUGACACCUCUAACCAACAGGCCCGGGGCAAAGACAAGAAUUGCUUCGGCACCCGGACCCUGGACUCCUGGAACAAGCUGAGCCUGGCCACUCUCCUGGACACCGAUGUGUCCAACCCCAUGGAGUAUGAAUUCAACUUCCAGCUGGAGAUCCGCGGGCCAUGUCUGCUUGCAGGAGUAGAAAGUCCCACCCACGAGAUUCGCGCCGAUGCGGCCCCAUCUGCCUGCUCCGCCAAGAGCAUCAUCAUCACCUUGGCCAACAAGCACACCUUCGACCGGCCCGUGGAGAUCCUCAUUCACCCCAGCGAGCCCCACAUGCCACACGUCCUGAUGGAGAAAGGGGACAUGACCCUGGGAGAGUUCGAGCAGCACUUGAGGGGAAAAACAGAUUUCAUUAAAGGGACGAAGAAGGACAGUCGCGCAGAGCGGAAGACAGAAAUCAUCCGGAAACGCCUCCACAAAGACAUCCCCCACCACUCUGUCAUCAUGCUCAACUUCUGUCCUGACCUGCAGUCUGUCCAGCCGAACGUAAGAAAGACCCUGGGAGAGUUCAUCUUCCUCGUAGACAGAAGCAGCAGCAUGAGUGGGACCAGCAUUAACCUCGUCAAGGAUGCCAUGCUGGUGGCUCUGAAGAGCCUCAUGCCCGCCUGCCUCUUCAACGUCAUUGGGUUUGGAUCCACAUUUAAGAGUCUCUUUCCUUCCAGCCAGGCCUACAGUGAGGAGAACUUGGCCCUGGCCUGUGAUAACAUCCAGAAGAUGCGAGCCGACAUGGGUGGCACCAACAUCCUUUCCCCUUUCAAGUGGAUCAUCCGGCAGCCGGUGCACCAAGGCCACCCACGGCUGGUCUUCCUGAUCACAGACGGUGCCGUCAGCAACACAGGGAAGGUGCUGGAGCUGGUGCGAAACCACGCCUUCUCCACCAGGUGCUAUAGCUUUGGAAUUGGAGCCAAUGUCUGCCACAGACUGGUGAAAGGGCUGGCAUCGGUGUCCAAGGGCAGCGCUGAGUUCCUGGUAGAGGGGGAGCGGCUGCAACCCAAGAUGAUCAAGUCCUUGAAGAAGGCCAUGGCCCCAGUCCUGAGUGAUGUGACUGUGGAGUGGAUCUUUCCUGAGACCACUGAGGUCCUGAUCUCACCGGUCAGCACCAGCUCCCUGUUCCCUGGAGAACGAUUGGUGGAGUAUGGCAUUGUAUGCGAUGCCUCUUUGUACAUCUCUAAUCCAAGAUCUGACAAGAGGCGAAGGUACAGCCUGCUGCACUCUCACUCUCAGGAGUCCAGCAGCUCCGUCUUCUACCACUCUCCGGAGGAGGGACCCGUGCUGGACAGUGGAGACUGCACCAAGAGCUUGGGAGCACCCUUCCACCUGCGGCAGGCCAAAGGUGCCCAAUCAAUCAGCAGAUACUCCAUCACCAAUCCUGAUCUGGACCUCUCCCAGCGACGGAGGGCAUACAGCACCAACCAGAUCACCAACUACAAGCCCUGCCCCAGGGUCACCACAGCCAGCGACCCCACGGCAGCUGCCAGGAGGUACCCACUGCGGAAAGCCAGGCUGCAGGACCUCACCAACCAGACCAGCCUGGAUGCCCAGAGGGGGCACAUUGAUUUGCAGCCCUUGCUGAACAGUGGCCAAGACCUGAGCCAAGGCCCCAAACUACAUGGCCCAGGAGCCCGAAGGCCCUCUUUGCUGCCCCAAAGCUGCCAGCCUUGCCUGUCCUUGGGUCAGGAGCCCCCAGCCUGGAGCUCCAUGAGGGAUGUGGAUUCUGGGUCCAGCCUGAAGCCUGCCUCUGACAACCGUAGCCUCAGGGACCCAGAGCUGUCCCAUCACCCCUCCACCUUUGACUCGGAGACGUCCUCGGACUGGGAGCCCUUGGCGGAGGCUGAGGAGCCCACCACCCCAAACCCGGUGGUGGGCAAGGCUCUGGUCAAAGGCCUGCGUGACAGCCAUCGGGUGCAGUGGGAGGUGAGCUUUGAGCUGAGGCCCCCCGGCCCGGAACGGCGGGAGGCUGACCUGUGGAACGAGACCUUCCACCAUUUGGCGGCCCGCGCCAUCAUCCGCGAUUUCGAGCAACUGGCAGAACGCGAGUGUGACAUCGAACAGGGAUCCAACCGCCGUUACCAAGUGAACGCUGUGCACACCAGCAAAGCCUGCAAUGUCAUCAGCAAAUACACAGCCUUUGUGCCUGUGGACCUGAGCAAGAGCCGAUACCUGCCCACCGUGGUGGAGUACCCCAACUCCGGUGUGACAAUGCGGAUGAUCAGUUCCCGGGUCCUGACCCAACAGUGGAGGGACGCCUCUGCAGGCUUCGGACGGUCGCUGACCACAUUCAGAGAAGACCCAGCAGCCAGAGAAGAUGUGGAGAUGAGCUCCACUGUGCCCUUCAAGGAGGCCAUGUCCCUCAGCCGGGAGAAGCACACUAUUCCCAAAGGUUCCCUGUGCAGUCUGGCCCCCAAUCCCCUUUCUCCUGUGAAGUCCUCAGAGACUCUUGUUGCAUCCAAGCUGAAGCUCAACAAGACCAGGCUGCUGACACGAGCCACCAAGGGCUUCCUGAGCAAGCCACUGAUCAAGGCCCCAGAACCGACUCCGACCUCAACCUUGACCUUGACCUCAACUUCGACUUCGACCUCCACCUCCACCUCCACCCCCACCUCUACCCCUGGGAGCCAGAGCUUUGAGAGCUUGGACUAUGUACCACUGGUGUCUCUGCAGCUGGCCUCCGGAGCCUUCCUGUUCAACCAAGCCUUCUGUGAGGCCAUCCGCAUCCCCAUGGAGAAGCUCAAGUGGAUGUCGCCCUUCACCUGCCACCGAGUGUCCAUCACUGCUCGCCAGUCUGGGUCUAAGACCUCCAGUCCCCAGAUGUGCACCAGCCCUCAGCACCCCUCCUGUGACGAUGUCUCCUUGGAGCCCCCAGCUGAGGCCGAGCCAGUCCCAUUGCAGAUGGUAGUGGUGGAGCACAUGGGGAAGCUGUGGGCCACGGUGGUGGGGCUGGCAUGGCUGGAGCACAACUCGGCUUCCUACUUCACCGAGUGGGAGUUGGUGGCGGCCAAAGCCAACACAUGGCUGGAGCAGCAGGAGGUACCCGAGGGCCACACUCAGGGCAUCCUCAAGGCUGCUGCCCGCCAGCUGUUCGUGCUCCUGCGGCACUGGGAUGAGAACCUCGAGUUCAAUAUGCUUUGCUAUAACCCAAAUUAUGUGUAG